AUGGCUGUACAAGAAAAUAUAAUAGAUUUUAAUAAAAUAUGUCGUUUAUGUUUAAUGGAAGAGACGGUUAUGUCAUCAAUUUUUAAUGAACAAGAUAAACAUUCCAACUCUGUACCUUUACCCCUCAGAAUUAUGGCCUGUGUUUCUGUAGAAUUAAACGCUAUUGAUGGUCUUCCUAGUCAAAUUUGUACCACUUGCCUUUGCCAAGUUGAUGGUUGGUAUAAAUUUAAGGAUCUUUGCGAGACUGCUGAUGCUGUUUUAAGAAAAUGUAUAAAAAACGAACCAGUUCAUGUUGAAACUGUUACACAAAUUAGAAAUAAGGCUCAAGAAAUUAGACAGUUUUUCGCUUCGCCACAUUUAGUAAAAGUCGAUGGAUUGGACUCGGCUCUUUCUCAAUUGGAUCCCCCCCCUAAACCUGUGGUUCGCAUUAAGGUAUUCAUCGUUUUAAAAAUUGAACCAAUAAAAGGGAAUAUAAUUAUAUUGGAGAAGACUGAAAAAAAAAAUUACACUUUAACUUUUCAGGAAAUUGGUGUUAAUAAUGAAGAUGAUAUAGAAAUGGUACCCACGGUUUUCACACAAAAGUACAUAGUGUAUAUGAAUCCUGACAUGUAUUUCAAAUGGCUCAAGACCAAAUAUAAAUUAAGUAACAAAAUAAUGCUCAAAGAAUUACCAAGGGCAAAUCAUGUUAAAUCAUAUCCUUGUUAUGAAAUAUCCUUUGAUAGUUCAAUUCGCCAAAGAAAUGAAAAAAAAAAUAUAUGUGAUGAAGAAAUUGUUAUGGAAGUGGGAGAUUGUCAAUUGGUGGCAAUCAAUCCGAUAAAUAAACCUCAUAUGGUAGAACAAGAAGAGAAAUCAGAUAAUGUGAAUAACGUAAAAGACAAGAGCAUGAAUGAUCACGAUUAUAUGUCGUCAAAGGACAAAACAAUUUUAAAAUCUAAAAUCAAUUGGGAAUGUGAAAGUACAAAAAUGGAGGAGGACUCACUCGCUAAUUAUUCGAGUACAAAAGCAUAUUUAGAAAAAAAUUUAAACGAACGUGGAAACACUCACGAAGAAAUCAUCGAAAACGUUUUGUAUAAUUUUCGUCUCGACAAUGAUGGACACGUGGACGUUGUCAGCAUUGUCGAAGGAGUCACGGAAACAAACGUUCAACGUGGUUUUCGUUACGCUUGUUUGUUUUGUUCGAAAAUAGUACUCAACAAAUUAGUCUACGACAAACACAUACGAGACACUCAUUUGGAUUAUUUGAUUUGCAAAGUUUGCGACAAGCAAUUGUAUUCCCUUAGAAAUUUUUUAAUACAUACAAAAACUCAUUUGGGAGUUUACACUUUCACGUGUCCCGUUUGCGGUAAAGGAUUGACACGUGCGAGCAUAUUUAAAUCUCACAUGAUGUAUCAUUAUUAUGGUAAAGUGCAAGAGUGUCAAAUAUGCGAGAAAAAAUUCCGCGAUGUUUUCGCGCUCAAGCGACACGUGCAACUCCACGAUAAAAAAAUCGAAUACGUUUGCGAAUUGUGCGGAUUCGGAACUCAUUUGAAAUCAAAUUUGGACUAUCACGUGAGAGCUCACUCGGAGGAAAAAUUAUUCAUGUGCGAAUUGUGUGGAAAACAAUUUACGGCUCCCCAAAGUCUUCAUCAUCAUAAAAAAACUCACGCCCCUAAUUUCCCUUGUCCUCAUUGUAAGAGAACUUUCAGACACGAACACAAAUAUAAAAAUCAUUUGAAACAAAAUCAUUCGGAUUUAUUAAAAUAUAAUAAUAAUAAUAAUAAUGAUGAUGAUGAUGAUGAUGAUGAUGAUGAUGACGAGACGAACAAUACGAAAGAAGUUUACGAAACGAACAAAUAA